AUGCUGCACUCCCACGCACCCACCGGAAUGUCACCCAAUGGUAAAGCGAAUAGAUGUAGGGGUGGUGAGGCGGCACCCGGAGACGUAUUGGGGGAACUUGCAGAGAAGGGACAUGGACAAGAAGAAGGGUGCCACUUGCAGCAGCCCCAUUCCAAUCCAACGGAAUCAGAAACAUUCGAUCCCUGUGGCUCGAGUGGUGAUUCUCGGGUAGACGCUCAGCCCGCGCCAUCUUCUCGGAAAACUUUGGAUUCCACUCAUGACACUAACGGGAAUAAGGGCGAUAGGGAUGCUGUAGGCAGGGCCCUACACCGAGAUCCCAACGGAAACGGGUUUGAAAGUUCUCACCCCUCCGGAAAACCCGACCGAGUCUGGGAUUUAGUCUCCGGCACCCCAAAAAAGAGUCCGUCGAAGGUGAAGGCCGCAGCGGCGGCAGUGGCCGAUGUCGAUUCGGAUGCUCCGGCGUGCGCAGUAGACGUUGCUGAGAUGGCAACAAGGGAAGUGAGAAGCCCCGCGGUGCCGGAAAAAACAGAAACAGAAAUUAGGCCAACGAUGACAAAAGGUUGGGAUGCCUGUGGUGACGAAUGUGGAGGUUGCGGUGCCGCCCUUGUCAACUCAGGAGGUAACGCCGAAAUUUUAGCGGAAUCACAAGAUAACGGGAGACAACAAAAGGAGGGGGUCUCCACUGUGUCCAUUCAACAACAACAACAACAAAAACAGCAGCAGCAGCAGCAGCAAACAAAGAGACAUACAGUAGUGACGACAACCGAACACACAGCUGGGGUCUCACAGGGGCGAUGCGUACCCGUUGUUCACACCACGACUUCCAUAGCUGCUGUCAAUUCGGCGAGCUGUACCCGCCCCGUGACCGCUCUGAGUGUUUACUUAGUCGCGCUCUACAAGAAGGUAAACGAGGCAUAUUGCCGUCAGAGACGUUUUGAAGCUCCCGGUCCGAAAUUUAAUAAUGGAUUUGAUGACAAGGAGGGACACUAUCUUGUGCUGUCCGGUGAGGAGAUACUCAAUCGGUACACAGUUCAAGAAGUGCUCGGCAAGGGCAGCUUUGGUACUGUUGUCCGCUGCUAUGACGAGAAGCGUCGUGAGAAUGUCGCUCUAAAAAUCACUCGUCACGGUCUCAGUUUUCGUACGCAGGCAAAACUGGAGCUAGACAUCUUGUUGAAGCUUAAUGUUAAUCCACACCUUAAUCAACUUGUUGUAAAGCUUUUGAAGGUGUUUGAUUGGCAAGGGCAUCUUGUGUUGGUUUUUGAACUGCUGAGCUUUAAUCUGUACCACCUUAUUAAGUGUACACGUUACAACGGUGUCACUCUCGAUUUAGUACGUAAGUUCGCAUACCAGUUGGUACAAGUGCUUUAUCAGCUUGAACAGACAAAACCUAGCCCUAUCAUUCACUGCGAUGUUAAGCCGGAAAACAUUCUUUUGAAAAAUCAAAAUCGUAGCGGCAUACGUCUCAUUGAUUUUGGCUCGGCAUGCUACUCGAACAAAGUCAUUCAUAAGUACAUACAGAGCCGCUAUUAUCGUAGCCCUGAAGUUAUUUUGUAUUUGGAAUAUGGUACUUCUAUUGAUCGUUGGUCCCUGGGGUGUGUGCUUGCCGAGCUCCACACCGGUGUGCCGCUCUUUGAUGGACGGACAGAAGCAGCACAACUAGCCCGCUUUGAGGCAAUGUUGGGACCAAUCCCCGUAGAAAUGUUGGAAGCCUCGCCAAAGUUGGCCAAGUUCUACGGGACAACAGAGAAUGGCUACAAACUAAAGGAACAGCCGCUGCCAAGACGCUCCCUGGAGUGUGUUUUGGGUGUCACCACUGGUGGUCCUCGUGGUUCGCGAAAAGGCACACCAGGGCAUAGUGAAGAAUCCUACCGUCAAUUCCAUGAUUUUCUUAGUGGAUUGCUGAAAUACAGACCAACAGAACGAAUGAGUUGCUCUGAUGCGCUGCGGCAUCCGUUUAUAGAACCGCUCUGGAUAUCAGACCAGCAACAACAGCAAAUCACUCGAAAACCACCCCCGCCUCCAAAUCCUCCACCAUGA